GUGGAACCCCGCGCCUUUUGUGUGGAGCUCCGCAGCCGCGCGCGCUCAUUCACCUCGGCGGCCGCGGCCCAGCGGCCGCGCGCGCGCGCGCGCGCAGCCCCCUCAGCGGGCGGAGGGGCGCACAGUCCCGCGCGCGCCUUCCGUCUCGGCUCCGGGCUGACUCGCCGCGCGCACCCCCGGGGCCGCCGCCCGGAGUCGCGGGCGGACGCGCGCGCUCCCGCCAGUCGGACCCCGUCGCUCGCCACCUCCCCGCCCCGUCGGCGGCGGCACGCGCACGCGCACGCGCCGGCCGGGCACGCGCGCCCGCCAAGAUGGCAGGGGCCGGGGCCCAGCUGUCAGUCGCCGCCGCCGCCGCAGCCCUUCCCCGCAGCUAGCGGCCCGGACGCCCGCCCGAGAAGAUGCGCCCCCGCCGCCCGCCGCAGCCCAGCCAUUCGCGGAGCCGCCGCGCCCGGGGCCGGCUCCCCCGCUAGCCCCGCGCCCGCGCCCGCCGCCACGCCGGGUCGCCCGGCCCCGCGCCCGCCCGGCAGCGACAAUGAGUGAACAGAGUAUCUGCCAAGCCCGGGCUUCCGUGAUGGUCUACGAUGACACCAGUAAGAAAUGGGUACCAAUCAAGCCUGGCCAGCAGGGAUUCAGCCGGAUCAACAUCUACCACAACACUGCCAACAACAGCUUCAGAGUUGUUGGAGUCAAGCUACAGGAUCAGCAGGUUGUGAUCAAUUACUCCAUCGUGAAGGGGCUGAAGUACAAUCAGGCAACACCGACCUUCCACCAGUGGCGCGACGCCCGCCAGGUCUACGGCUUGAACUUUGCAAGUAAGGAAGAGGCGACCACGUUCUCCAACGCCAUGCUGUUUGCCCUGAACAUCAUGAAUUCCCAGGAGGGAGGCCCCUCCACCCAGCGUCAGGUGCAGAAUGGCCCCUCUCCUGAGGAGAUGGACAUCCAGAGAAGACAAGUGAUGGAGCAGCAGCAGCACCGGCAGGAGUCUCUGGAGAGGAGAACCUCAGCCACAGGGCCCGUCCUCCCACCGGGGCAUCCCUCCACGGCAGCCAGCGCCCCCCUCUCGUGUGGCGGGCCCCCGCCCCCGCCCCCACCCCCUGUCCCACCCCCACCCACGGGGGCUGCCCCGCCACCACCGCCCCCCCUGCCAGCUGGAGGCGCCCAGGGGGCCAGCCACGACGACAGCUCCGUGUCAGGACUGGCCGCCGCCCUGGCCGGGGCCAAGCUGAGAAGGGUGCAGCGGCCGGAAGAUGCCUCUGGAGGCUCCAGUCCCAGUGGGACAGCAAAGUCUGAUGCCAACCGGGCGAGCAGCGGGGGAGGCGGGGGAGGCCUCAUGGAGGAGAUGAACAAACUUCUGGCCAAGAGGAGAAAAGCAGCCUCCCAGACAGACAAGCCCACGGACAGAAAGGAAGACGAAAGCCAGACGGAAGAAGCCAGCACCUCCCCAUCCCCGGGGACCCGAGCAGCCAGCCAGCCACCUAACUCGUCAGAGGCUGGCCGGAAGCCCUGGGAGCGGAGCAACUCGGUGGAGAAGCCUGUGUCUUCAUUACUGUCCAGAACGCCGUCUGUGGCAAAGAGCCCCGAAGCUAAGAGCCCCCUUCAGUCGCAGCCUCACUCUAGGGUGAAGCCUGCUGGCAGCAUGAACGACGUGGCCCUGGACGCCUUGGAUUUGGACCGGAUGAAACAGGAGAUCCUGGAGGAGGUGGUCCGAGAGCUCCAGAAGGUGAAGGAGGAGAUCAUUGAUGCCAUCAGGCAGGAGCUGAGUGGAAUCAGCACCACGUAAAGCAGCCGCCACGCCGGAGGACAGCAAGGAGCCCACAGCCCCGGCCUCCAGCACACACCAAGCGCAGAAGCCAAGAUGUGCUUCAUUUGAAAGUCUCAAUCUGUGAUAAAAAAUUGAAAUGAGGAAACAAAGUUCAACUCCUGGAUUUUUUUAGAUUCUAUCUGACACAGAGUGCCAGGUCUAUUCUCUUUUUUUGUAUUUUAUAUUUGCUUAUUUAAGUGUACAUUUCUUUUGGUUUUUAGAGGACACCCCAAAAUCACCUGCUUCAUUAGAUGGUUUCCAGGUUUCCUCCCAGGUGACGCUGUGAGCUCCCCAGCUGGCAGUGAGGGGCCGGCUGGGCUCGGCAUCUCCACGCAGCAUGGCCGUCCGGCACCACGGUGUUCUCUGGCCACGCACCGCGUGCUGUGUCCACACAGUAAUAAACCACUUACUG